AUGACAGUCACCCGCACGCAAGCGGGGAAAACGCCCAAGAAAACAGUGCGGCCUGACUAUGUCGAAACACCGGGCACUUAUGGCAAGCCUCGACCGCGUAAAUCUCUUGCCCCUGUUACUGUCGAGGAACAUGGCGUGCAAGGCCAAAUUGUUGAAGAUUCGGACGAUAACGACACGGACACUAUUCCGUCGCGACGCGUCGAUCGAGCUGAGCCCAAAAAAACAAAUGGAAAGGCCAAUGGACAUAUCAAGCCGAGAGAAAAUGGACACGUGACUAAGACGAAAAGCAAAGAGAAGGUCAACUCGGAGCAGCAAUUGGUUGACGGAUGGCGACCUGGAAUGGAUCCCAAGGUCGACUCAUCGGGACAUUUUGAAUUCGGAGGACCGUGGGGAGUAACUGCGAUGAUGGUCGGCUUUCCGCUGCUAAUGUACUACAUGUGGAUCGGUGCAACAUACUACGAUGGCAAGUUCCCGACUCCGAAAGAGGGCGAGUCUCUACAAGAAUUCCUCUACGGCCUCUUUCGCAUGGCGUACUACGGUGCAUGGCCCUCGACAAAAGCCUGGGUCAUUUACUGGACCUUCUGCAUCUUUGAAAGCGCGUGUUACUGCUUGAUGCCGGGAAUCUGGACCAAGGGCAAACCGCUGCCUCAUGAAAACGGACUCAGAUUGGACUAUUACUGCAGUGGAAUGUGGUCUUGGUGGGCAACCAUCAUCGUGGCCCUUUGCCUCCAUUUCUCUGGCCUCUUCAAGCUCUACACCAUUAUUGACGAGUUUGGCCCGCUCAUGUCUGUGGCGAUUAUUUCCGGCUUCGCUGUGGCAAUCAUUGCAUAUGCCUCAGCCAUUUAUCGGGGCAAGCAGCACCGUAUGACGGGGUAUCUGAUGUACGACUUCUUCAUGGGCGCGGAGCUGAACCCCCGCAUGUUUGGAAUUCUGGACUUCAAGAUGUUCUUCGAGGUUCGCAUGCCAUGGUACAUCCUGUUCCUGAUAACGUUAGGAACGGCAGCACGGCAAUACGAGCUCUACGGGUACGUGUCUGGUGAAGUCGGAAUCUUGCUCAUGGCACACUUUCUCUACGCAAAUGCGUGCAGUAAAGGCGAAGAACUCAUCGUGCCGACCUGGGAUAUGUACUUUGAGAAAUGGGGCUUCAUGCUGAUCUUCUGGAACAUGGCUGGCGUGCCCCUGACCUACUGCCAUUGCACCAUCUACCUGGCCAACCACGCCCCAAGCACGUAUGUGUGGAACAAAUAUGCGCUUGGCGUAUUGUUCGUGGCAUACCUGUUUGUUUACUGGGUUUGGGAUACCACAAACAGCCAAAAGAACCGCUUCCGAACAAAGGAAUCUGGUGGUGCUGUUACACGAAAAGCGUUCCCACAGCUACCCUGGCAGACGGUCGAAAACCCAAAGGUCAUCGUAUCGGAAAAUGGGGGAACGAUUCUUGCGGAUGGCUGGUAUGGCUAUGCGAGGAAGAUCCAUUACACCUGUGAUCUCUUCUUUGCUCUGUCUUGGGGAGCUGUGACGGGAUUCAGAUCCCCCUUCCCGUGGUUCUAUCCUCUCUUCUUCACGGCAAUGAUCAUUCAUCGAGCCACACGCGAUAUCCAGAAAUGCCGGAAGAAGUACGGCAAGGCUUGGGAGGAGUAUGAGAGACAAGUCCCAUACUUGUUCAUCCCUUAUGUAUUCUAA